AAGGAGCAGGCGAAAAUGAACCGAACAAUCCAUGUUCUUGGCUUGGGUACAGUAGGCAAACUCAUUGCUCACUCCUUGGCUGGUCUUCCCAAUGGCCCACCUGUCACACUGCUCAUGCAUCGCCCCCUUGUCAUGCAACAGUGGCACGACGAAGGAGCCGCCAUCAAGAUCUUGAUCAAUGGCGAGUAUCAUGUUCAAACCGGCUUUCACAUAGAGUCUUCCGCAGACUUUCAGAGACAGGAUCCGCUCCAGCGGUUUCCGGGAUUCGGCCCCAAUCUGGAACAUUCUGCUGAACCGCCCAAUACCGUGAUUGAUAGCUUGGUCGUCACUACCAAUCCGUGUAUCACGCUCUCAGCAAUUUCCUCGAUCAAACACCGGCUUCGAAAGACAAGUACGAUCUGCUUCGUGCAAGAUGGAUUGGGCAUUAUCGAGAAGAUGAACAGCAGGAUCUUCCCUGAUCCUCAUGACAGACCAACCUAUGUCUUGGGGAGGAUUACUCACGACGUGAAGUCAACGGAUCAGCAUUUCACCAUUGUGGAGAAUCGGAUUGGAAGUUUCCUUUGUGCAAAAUUGCCACAAGUCGUGGAGACCAAAGAAGAAUACUUCUGCCCCGUCAUCAAUCGAACGGACUUUAGCUGGUCACCACAAGCCCGACAUCUGGUUGGAAGCCUGAUUCGGACACCUGGAUUGAACGCAGAAAGUCUCGGGCACAAAACCUUCUUCGUUAGGCAGCUUAGGCAAUUAGCAGUCGGUGCUGUUAUUGGCCCCCUUUCCGUGGCAUACGAUUGCUCCAACGACGAACUCCUCUACGACUAUGCUGCAUCGCAGAAUAUAGGGCAUCUGGUAGCGGAGAUAUGCCAUAUAAUUCUGUCUCUUCCCGAGCUUGCGAAAUUCCAUAAACUUGAGCAGAAGUUCAAUGCUAACUUGGUCGAGAACAUUGUCCUAAGAAGUCUCCAAAAAUCUGGAAGAAAUUCGUCUGCAAUGCUACAAGACAUCAGAGCUGGUCGGAGGACAGAUAUAGAUUUCUAUAAUGGAUAUCUGGUCCAGCGCGCCAUGGAAUUGGGAGUUCCUUGUCCGAGAAACCACACGCUUUUGCAUUUGGUGAAGGGCAGGCAGGCGAGGAGGAGUCGGCAGGACAACUUGUAUAUACCU